GUAAACUUGAAAACUAGAUUAUACUUUUGGAUAAGGAGAUUUUGUCAGAACUUCUUGAAGAAGUGCAGCAAUAAUCAAAACUGGCAGAUAGAAAACUGCUGAAACACCAGAAAGAUUUGAAAUGCAACAGUCAUAGGUAAUCCAGUGAUCAGGGAGGUGUCUCAGCCGGCUCUGGUCAGCAUCCUGAGAGGAAAGCCAGCCACAUUAAACUGUACAUUUAAUUAUAUUGCAAAUGACAGUAAUUGGAUCUAUGUAUCCUGGUACAAGACCUCACAUGGGAUGACUGAGAGAUACAAUUCAGAGAAUAAUCUGACCUGCAUCCCUGACAUUGCUCCAGUUCCACCAUCUCCUCCAGCAAUUUCUGUUACUCAGGAAACAUUAGUAGCAGAGAAGGUAUCUUCACUGUACUGCCUUGCUGGGGGAUUUUAUCCUCAGUCUAUCUCCAUUAAAUGGUUGCAAGCAAUCCUAGACAAUUCUCAAUCUUCACCAGCAGAUGCUGAAACAAGAUACAGGACUCAAGAGUUCACCUUCAGCAACAUGGAUGGAACAUUUAACACUACUAGUCAAUUGACAUUUGUUCCCACUUCACAAGACCAUGGAUUAAUCUAUACUUGUCAGGUCCAUCAUUCAACUAGUGAAAAGCAAAUAAUAAAGCAGAUAAGGCUAAAGGUGAAUUAUGGUCCAAAACUUGUCAUAUAUUACAGGACUUCUGACACAGAUAUGUUCCAUCGACUGGACCAAGAACACAUCCAUGUUAAGCAUCAGACAUUUCUCGAACUAAACUGUACAGCGGACAGUAACCCAGUAGCCACAGUGAUAUGGAAAAAGAUAUCCCAGGAACAAAGCUUGCAAUUGGCUGCUGGAGUAAACAUUUCAAUACUGAAGAUAGCAAGUAUUGAAUAUUCAGACAGUGGAGCAUAUCUUUGUGGAGCACAAAAUGAUUAUGGCUUUCAAGAAUUUCCUGUAAAUAUAUACCUAAAAUCUGAUUUGGGAAGUAGUUUUCCUGUGCGAUCUGUAACAUUCCUAGUCUUUCUGGUCUCUGUCAUUUCGUUACUGAUCUGGGGCAGUGAAUGGAAAGAUCGAUACUGCCCUUGCAACUCUAGGAAUUCAAAGCAAUGUGAGAACCAAGGAAAAUCAUGCAAAGUUGACCCUGUGGAAGAUGCUGAUGUCCAUGAGGAAAUAACAUCAAAGUUAUGAACAUCUCGGGAUUUUUAUUUCCAGUCUGUCAAGUUUUUUCUCUCCAAAGUGCCAUCUGGUCCAGCAAUUCACUCCAUGCAUAGGCAAAUCUAACCAUGCAUAGGCAAAUCAGCUGCCCCACCUUUUGACAAAGCAAAUGUUCUUCUCACCAUAGCAUCAGCUGUAGGUACUAUCCCCAGUGAUAAGCAUUAGCUAAUUGCUGUGAUAGUAUCUCUACCACUGAGCCAUGAGGUUGGAUUCAAGUCCCAUGUUUUCCAGAAUGUACAAUGCCAAUUUUAACAGGUUGUUUAGAGAAUAUCUUGUCUCACCCUGUUAAUUUAGUUGAUAUUUAGAUUAGAUUAGAUUAGAUUACUUACAGUGUGGAAACAGGCCCUUCGGCCCAACAAGUCCACACU